CAGCUCUGUAUUUUAGGCAAAAUAGAGAGGCACUCGCUUCCACACUUCAUGAUCAGGGACCUAUGAUGCCAUGGGAGAUGAUGGCAGUGAAGGAGGUGCUUUUGUGGUGUUUUCUGGGCGCUCUGCUCGUGUCGGGGGUUGGAUCGUUGUGUGUUCCCUCUCAGUGUCUUGAUUGUGAAAAAACAACAAAGGUUCCAGCACUGAACGAAUCCUCAGAGGUUUGCGAUGUCUGCGCAAAUAACACAUGCUUUUCUGUCCUCAAACUUUAUGUUAUGGGCUCACACCAGUCGUACUCCCUAACACCAGAUGCCACGGCCCAUCUGAACCCCAGCUCUGAAUAUUCCGUGAAUGAGGGAGACAACCUCAUCCUGCACUGCUGCCACAACCUGCCGCUAGUGGACCUGUUUGAGUGGCUGCUAGACGGUGAAGUGCUCGAAUGCUCGAAUGUCAGCAAAGUCACACUGAAGGCGUUCAGCACGGACAAGGGAGCCUACCGAUGCAGGGUCCGAAGUCCCUGUGGCAACUUCACCUCCGAGGAACAGCAGCUGGAUGUUGAAGACGGCAGUGUGCUCUUGGUGGUACUGUGUGGUUCCUGUGCCGUGGUGUUGGUGCUGGGGAUGGGAGCCUCCAUGAAGUACAAGCAGAAGAAAGAGCAAGCUGCUCAAAAGAGGCGACAGGAGGAGCGCGCCAAGGCGCUCCAGAUGACCUCAAGCAUGACUCCGAGAAAUAGCUGAAAAAGUUUGUUUAAAGUCGUGGUGGGUGUGAACUGGGCCAGGGGCGGUUCUAGGUUGCAUAAACAUCCGGGGCUUAGCCCAGAGGGAAAAGAAAAGGAUCCCUUUGGGCAUACAAUUUUAUUUUUUUUGUCCGCUUUAUUGUGCAUGCAAAUUUUUCUGAAUGCUUUACCUAAAUAAACAAAAAUACGCAGUUUAUUAUAGCUUUACCCAUUAUAGCUUUAAAUAGCUACCUGACUGCUUAUCCCUAAAC